UCUUGAUUGGUGAAGUCCUCCCGGAGCCUCGCCCAUGUGGAGCGCCUCCUCCACUGGCGCUCCGCCCGCCUCGCUGCAGACAGCUGGCCGAGCGCUUUGUGCAGUUCGUGGCGCUCCGAGUGGACCCCAGAAGCCUGAAAAGCCAUCAUGGCAGCGAGGCCCAAGCUCCACUACCCCAACGGAAGAGGCCGCAUGGAAUCCGUAAGAUGGGUUUUAGCAGCCGCUGGAGUCGAGUUUGAUGAAGAAUUUCUGGAAACGAAAGAACAGUUGCACAAGUUGCAGGAUGGUAACCACUUGCUGUUCCAACAAGUGCCCAUGGUUGAAAUUGAUGGAAUGAAGUUGGUCCAGACCCGAUGCAUUCUCCACUACAUAGCAGAAAAGCACCAUCUGUUUGGCAAGGACCUCAAGGAAAGAACCCUGAUUGACAUGUAUGUGGAGGGGACACUGGAUCUGCUGGAACUGCUUAUCAUGCAUCCUUUCUUAAAACCGGAAGAUCAACAAAAGGAAGUGGUUAACAUGGCCCAGAAGGCUAUAAUUAGAUACUUUCCUGUGUUUGAAAAGGUUUUAAGGAGUCAUGGACAAAACUUUCUUGUUGGUAAUCAGCUGAGCCUUGCUGAUGUGAUUCUACUCCAAACCAUUUUGGCUCUUGAAGAGAAAAUUCCUAAUAUCCUGUCUGCAUUUCCUUUCCUCCAGGAAUACACAGUGAAAUUAAGUAAUUUCCCUACAAUUAAGAGAUUCCUUGAGCCUGGAAGCAAGAAGAAGCCCCCUCCUGAUGAAAUCUAUGUGAGAACCGUCUACAACAUCUUUAUGCCAUAAUAUGACCAUCUCUAAAUGGGAGCCUGUCCCCAGAGAUGGCUGUGUCUGCAGUGCUAUCUUAAUUGCUCUCAGCUCUGUUGUAGUGCUGUGUGUUGAGUUGGGUCUUUCAUGUUGAGGAGAUCUUCUCUUUGAAACAUGUCAACCUUUUUUUUUAGUCCAGUGAACAAUUGUUAUGAGACACUUUUUGGAAAACCUUUUUUGGAAAAUCUGGCAUAUGACUUAGAUCUGGUGAAGUUACUCAUGUCCUGUUUUAGUCCAUCCUGAUAAUUGGCAGGAUCUCAUGUUCUCCCCUGAGUUCCUUUCUCUCUCUUUAUAUCUAAACCCCCUCUCCAGUCUCAUCCCUAUUUUUAAUGUCUAUUACAACUCAACUUUUAGUGAGUGAGUCUGCUCUGAGCUAAAGUCAAAUGGUAGUAAUGAAUGCAGUUGAUAUUAGCUAAAAUAAAGAAUUUACCAAUUAUU